UGGCAUUUCAAGCACCACUUUCGUAUACGUACCGAUGUCGCACCACAUUGACGCCAGCAACGGGGCCCAACUUUUCCAGGCACAACCUCUCCAGCCGUCCAGUGCUCGCCGUUCAGAGUUCACGCCAGACCCCGAAUUCCGCCAUGCCGCCAGUGGCCGCCCCGCAGCUCGCUCCUCGAGGCAGGCAAGGCCCUGGGCAACCAGCAACCAACAGAGGCGCCGCCGGCUGUUUGGUGCCAUGACGUGAGAAAAAAUCCCCUUCUCGUCCACGCAUCCACGCUUUCACUCUCCCGCCCCGACCCUGCCUCUCUUCCCCCCCCUCACACCGUUUUCUCCCCAGUCUUCAUUCUCGAGUACGAUGUGAUACCAAGGCACGCCUCUCUACCUCUCUCUCCAGUUCCUGCGACCUGUACCAAAUCAGCUCCGACAGUCUCGGCAAAUCCUUAUUCCAUUCCUACCACCGUCAUGGCACCCAAAUCUUCAAAGGUCGCUCACGAUGACACAAAGUCCGAGAACACAAACACCAAAGAGAAGCACACGUCUGGUUCUGGUGGUCACUCGAACGGCAAGCUUCGUCGUGUGGCCAGCUCGACGGGUUCUCAAUUGCGAGAAGUUACAAAUGCCAACGCUCCUGCUGAUGCUCCCACCACGGCCAAGGAGGCUGCUCAAAAUCCAGGCAUUCAAUGGAAAACCUUUGAGCGAGACACACUCCAUGCAUACCGUCGCGAGCAUCACCUCAAUACUCCUACCUCUUUCUCGUGCUCGUAUCGUCAAUUGGUUCUUUCGCGACCUGGCGGAAUUGGCCUACACUCCCCAACGAUGGCUCGAAAGAAGGAGAAUAGACGGCAGAGCAAGGAACAACUAGCGAUGACGGUGCGGAAACACUUCAACGGUGUCGGAAUACAAGAAAACGAUGUCAUUGUCGACUUUAUUCACAAAGUAAGGAGCCAGGCCAUAACCAAAAGCGACCGCCACCGACGAUCGAAUUCGAAAUCGCACGACGCUUAAAGACCUUAAUGACGGAAUGACUUUUAUUUGGGAUUUACACGCAUCGAAAGAAGUUGGUUGACGGGUGCACUUGUGUCACCGGAGCAUAGAGCCACGCCGGCCGUUUGGGCGAUUUCGGACUGCAUAAUGAUACCUUACCGUGGGCAGGAAGCCCCCACGACGAUAGACGACAAAGGCAAAACCACCUUUGUCUUAAUUUUUUUACUAUCUUUAUCUUUUAUUUCCACAUAGCCAUGAUCUAUCACAGUAAUGAUAUAUGGAGUUUUGGAUCGGGAGAGUUUUCCAGAAAUCUGCAAUUAUUCGAACACUGCGCGCCUUGAUUUCCUACGGCUGCUCCUCCGAGGCCCGGCGCACCGAAGGCUUUCAUGCACUGUACAACGCGCAUCCCCAGAAGUAGUCGCGAAUUUCCACCUGUGGGCUGUGGGGCGUGUUCGCG